UUAUGGUUGAACGAGAAAGUCCAGGGAUAAAAAUCUGGAGUUUGUUAUGUGCUACGUAAUGUCCUACUUUGAUUGAUCAUCAAUGACCAUUCCAAAACAAGCACAUGUCAACAAAAAUGUGUGUCUUGCUGAAAGAGCCACGCCAAAGUCGUACACGAAUGGAUUUCAAUGAAUUACUGCCACAUUUUCUAAUUCAUUGUUUAUAAAAUAGUACAAAUGUAGAAGUGACAGACAAGAAAAUGUAGAAGGAAAAAGUCAUUCAUUUUAUACUGGAAAGUUAAUUCUGAUGGAGAUAAUAUUAGUUGUGUUACAACCAAAACAAAACAUUGGUAACCAUGACUACCGGUCAAAAUUUUACAAUGUGUUGCUUCUUGAUCACAAAACAACUACGGGAGAUAAGAGUAAACCUACAAAGUACCUACCCACAUUUCCACUCACCAACAUGGGGGAGGAGCCUCGGGAUGAAGUACUGGGUAAUCUCUACAGACUGACUGGAGGGGAACAUGGAGGCAUUAAAGGAGAAAGAGCUUUACUUAUUCCAUGGAACAGCAGAGAUUUCCGUGCCUCCCUCUCCAGAUUCUACUUGUUUUGUGUUCCAGUCAAUUCAAGAGACAAGCUUAAUAAGGCAUUUGUAGAGAAGUCGCCUAAUAGUCCUGGUUUUUUCUCCCUCGACACAAUGGUGGAGACCCUCAACAAUGGCAUGACUAACUAUCCUCCACCUACACAAACAUUUAUCUCCCAGCUGGAAAGUUGGCUGAAGGAAAAACAUUCCAGACCUGGAACUCUAGACAUCCUUUUUCAAAAUAGAGCUGAUUAUCGAAUAAAAUUUAGCAUCAAUAACCCUGCAUUCCUUCCAAGUCGCCAUGAAGUAUCUCCAGAAGCUAACGGGAUUAUUAGUGACGAUGCCCCAGAUGACAUACGGUUGACUGCCAAUGAAGCCCUCGCUAAGGAACUAGCCAUCGAGAAAAGUGACAUUGUUGUAAUAAAUCCAAUUUUUGGUUCAGCAAUGCCAUAUAAAACAAAUGUAAAUAACUUUGUGAAGAACAUGUACUGGCCAUCAACACCCCCUGACUACGACCGUCGUCGGAGUAGUGAUACUAGCUCUAUUGAAGGUGUGGGAAUCGGGACAUUUCUCAGCAGUAUGGAUGACCAGUAUCAACUUCAUAAGUAUGCUUCUGAAGGCAACUGUGAUCUCAUGUUGGAGCUGAUCAACCGAGGGUUUCCUAUCAACGACACAGACAUCAAGUACCUCACUCCCUUACAUUAUGCAGCUGCACGUGGUCACAAGGAUGCGGUCGAGGUAUUACUGCGAGCAGGGGCAAAUCCAAACUCUAGAACAGACAACAAGGCUACGGCACUACACCUAGCCACAAUGUAUGGAAAUGUCCAUGUGGCAGAGAUCUUAUUACGUCACCCAGAUAUCAAUAUGGACUUUCAGGACAGGCAUGGUAAAACUGCCCUCAAUUACUGUGAAGAGACACAGUACUGGGCACAGAAACGCAUUGGGGAGCUUAUCAGGGCUGCUUCAAAAUCAAAUACUCAGGAGAUCGAGGUCAGCCUCACAGACAAAGUCGUAAAGAAGCUAAAACUAGUCAAUGGUACAAACACUACUGUGAAGCAACUAAACCUGCAACUCUUCAGGGAGUACAAUAUGUCUGAUGAGGUUUUCUCUGAAAUCUUCACGAUUUGGAUUUGUUCGAAAAGUUUAGAGCUUCAGCUGAGACAAGACCACUGUCCAAUAAUUGAGUUACAAGUGUGGAAUAGAAAUGUUAAGAUGUUGACUGAUGCCAAUCCUGGUAGUGAGGUCCCCGAAUUCAGAUGGCGAAGGAAUGCCAAGAUUGGACUCAAAGAGGAAAAAGGGGUGAAACAUCCACAAGCAGUACAUAUCUUGUUUCAUGAGGCAUACAACAACUACAUUCAGGCGCUUUACCCCUGUAAGGAUCAGGAUGUACUGACAUUCGCCUCCAUCCUCAUCUAUAAGGAACAGAAGGGAGAGUUUGACUCUGCUUCAGCAAAGAGUCAUGUCACUAAUAAAAACCUACAGAAGUUGGUACCAGGACCAAUGUUGAAGGUUAAAAGUAGCAACUGGGCAUCAAGAAUCCUGCACCAUUACAAAGACUUCUGUCCUCACCUCGCAGACACGCCUGAAGUACGUCAUGGUACACAAGAACAACGGGAUCAGGCACUGAUGCGACAGUUUUUAGACUACUGUAGACAUCUUACAGUUUACGGGUCAGCAUUUUUCAGAGGGAUGCUUCUGUCUAGUCAAGGAAAGGGAGGUCAAAACCAAUCUGCUUGUCAUAUUGGUGUUAAUGAUGUCGGCAUACACAUCAUCAACUCACAGACAGGGGUUAUGCUGCACAGCUUCAAGUAUUCAGAGAUCAAAUGGAAACAUGAGGAUGGAAACUCAUUAGAAAUUAUAGUGGUUAGAUUGGAAACAAACGUAGACAAAAAUCUCAGCCGUGAAGUGAAACUACGGACAAAGCAGGCAGGCUUGAUUCAUAACCUGAUGGAAAAACUUAAACAAAUGCAUGCAUUUAAAGACCGUUCUGUUAAUCUGGUAUAUAGUCGAAUGUCUACAGUGACAUAGAUCUGUCUGACCAGUGGAAUUAGGACCGUUCUGUUAAUCUGGUAUAUAGUUGAAUAUCUAUGUUGACAUAGAUCUGUGUGACCAAUGGAAUUAGGACCUUUCUGUUAAUCUGGUAUAAAGUUGAAUGUCUACAGUGACAUAGAUCUGUCUGACCAGUGGAAAUAGGACCUUUCUGUUAGUCUGGUGCAUAGUCGAAUGUCUACAGUGAGGUAGAUCUCUCUGACCAGUGGGACAUUCCAUAAGUAUAGGUUUAUUUCAGUGACAAACACCAUAAAACUUAGCUGUCAGAAAAGGGAUGGAAAAUCAAAGAAUGAUUUUCUGGUCUUACCCUGGACACUAAGUGUCAACAUAUUGACUAUUUUACUGGUGUAAGAUGUCUGACACAAGGAAUUACCCGGCAGACAGGAGGAUGAAGGUGGUUGGGGUGGUGAGAUGUCUCACACAAAAGAUUAGACACGGGGAUGUAGGUGGGUGGGGAGGUCAGAUAUCUCACAUAAGGGAUUAGAUGGGCGGAUGUAGAUGAGUGGGGUGGUGAGAUAUCUCACACAAGGGAUUAGACAGGAGGAUGAAGGUGGUUGGGGUGGUGAAAUGUCUCACACAAAGGAUUAGACGGGGGGAUGUA